AUGCCCUCUCAACCCCCACUACCGCCCCUCCUCGCUUCAUAUGUAUCAAAUCUGCCCGAUUCAUCUUUGACACUAGUCUCUUCUAUCCUUGGUGCAACUUCAAACUGGCUGGUCCUGAGAUUUCUUCAUGCUGCGCUGAGCUCACCGAGCCCCAAUGUGGCAUUCGGCUCAGAUGAGCACAAUGGCACCAAGAAGAAAGUGGUGCUGGUAAGCUUCAUGCGGAGUUAUGAGUUCUGGAGGGCUGAGGCAAAGCGAUUGGGACUUGACCUUGCGCGUCUGGCAGAUAAGCAACAAUUUGCGUUCAUAGAUGGCUUGUCUGAGCUGUUCUACGCACCGCAAGCCACAGCAACUCCCCCAGUAUCUCACCGGCUGGUCUGGGAAGCAGUCCUCGCACAACGCUUCCAAUGCGGAGUGAGAGGAAGUGUGACACCGAAGCAGGCUGAACCUGGGAUUGCAAAGAAGCUCCAUUUCUCUGGCCGUGGUCUUGCCUCCCUUGACGCAUUGGAGAAAGAUAUCCUAUCAGUGAUUGAACAGCAAAAGAGUUCAAUGGAAGAUGGCGAUGAGCUUCUCCUCAUUAUAGACCAGCCUGACCUGCUCCUUGCUGCGACAGGUCCAAGUAUGGGAAUCGGAGCAACAGAAAUGUCGGAGUGGAUCACAGCGCUACAACAGCAUGCACAUGCUACGGUUUUGACGUUAGCUACGGAUGCUCCAUUAAUACACAAUGCAUCCACAUCGGGAGAGCAAGUGGCUACGCCAAUAGAGACAGAACAUGCGGCACUCGUCAUUGGGCUGGCGCAUCGGGCUCGGUCGGUCAUGCAGCUCCGCACUUUGGAUACUGGCGCCGCAAAAGAUGUGAGCGGAGUACUGAGAAUCAGCCGAGGUGGUGGGCUGAACACGAGUGAAGAAGAGAGCCUGGAAGAGCGAGAGGCGUUAUACUUCAUUCAACGGGAUGGAGGUGUCAAGGUGUUUGGUCGUGGAGAAUCAUGA